AUUACUAAAGAGAUUGCAAGGGGUCUUCUGUAUCCUCAUAAAGAUUCCAGAUUAAGAAUUAUUCAUAGGGAUUUUAAAGCUAGCAACAUAUUGUUAGAUAAAGAUAUGAAUCCCAUAAUUUCAAACUUUGGUUUGGCAAAAAGUAUGGAAGGAACUAAAACAUAAGCAAAUACAAGAAGAGUAAUGGGAACAUAUGGCUACAUGGCACCAGAGUACACCAUUGAUGGGAUUUACUCCACUAAAUCUGAUGUCUUCAACUUUGGUGUAUUGGUGUUAGAGAUAGUAAAUGGAAAGAAAAAUAAAGGAUUUCAUCAUGCAAAUCAUGAUCUUAAUCUUUUAGGACAUCCAUGGAGGCUGUAUAAAAAUGGGAAGCAAUUAGAACUGAUGGAUGAAACUAUUAACGGUUCAUAUGUACAUACGCAAGUGAACAAAGCAAUUUAUAUAGGUUUACUAUGUGUGCAAAAGUAUCCUGAAGAUAGACCAGAUAUGCCUUUGGUGGUUGUUAUGUUAGGUAGUCAAAUUCCGUUACCUGAACCUAAACAACCUGGUUUUUAUACAGAAAGAAGAACACCACAAGAAGCAAAUUGUUCAUCUAGUAAUCCUUAAUGGAGUCCAUCAAAUCACUUAUCUGUUACGUAUCUUCAACCUAGAUAGAAAUUGGUAUAAGUGAUUUCUGU